AUGGCGACUGUGACGCCAAUCUCCUCCAUUUUCUCAACCUCUUCAGCUUCCAAAUCCUCAUCAACCCUUUCACAUUGCCCAUCCAAACUCACCCUCAAAACCCAUCAGACCCACAAACAAUCCACUCUGACAAGAAGGGAGUUUCUCAAAGGACUAGCGUUCAUGCCACUGAUUCUCUCUCCUCCACCUUCAGAAGCUCGAGAGGUCGAAGUGGGUGCGUACCUCCCACCAUCGCCUUCGGACCCUUCUUUCGUUCUCUUCAAAGCCUCUUCCAAAGACACUCCUGCUCUUCGCGCAGGAAACGUGCAGCCCUACAAAUUCAUCAUUCCUCCAACUUGGAAACAGACACGUGUAGCCAACAUUCUAUCUGGCAAUUACUGUCAACCUAAGUGUGCGGAACCUUGGGUGGAGGUAAAAUUUGAAGAUGAAAAACAGGGAAAAAUUCAGUUGGUUACAGGAAACGUGCAGCCCUACAAAUUCAUCAUUCCUCCAACUUGGAAACAGACACGUGUAGCCAACAUUCUAUCUGGCAAUUACUGUCAACCUAAGUGUGCGGAACCUUGGGUGGAGGUAAAAUUUGAAGAUGAAAAACAGGGAAAAAUUCAGGUGGUUGCUUCUCCCUUGAUACGCCUAACCAACAAGCCCAACGCAACAAUUGAAGAUAUUGGGAGCCCUGAGAAGGUCAUUGCUUCGCUUGGUCCUUUUGUCACAGGAAACACAUAUGACCCAGAUGAACUCCUAGAAUCUUCAAUUGAGAAGCGUGGUGAUCUGACGUAUUAUAAAUAUGUUCUGGAGACUCCAUUUGCCCUGACGGGUUCACACAAUCUUGCAAAGGCAACAGCAAAGGGAAAUACUGUUGUACUAUUUGUGGCCAGUGCAAAUGAUAAACAGUGGCAAACGUCUGAAAAAACUUUAAAAGCAAUGCUUGAUUCCUUCGAAGUGUAG